CCGCAGUCUGUGCGGAGAAGCCUCGAACGAGAGCACGUAUAAGAAUUUUUCCAACGCCCCCCCCUUUGUUUUGCCGUUUCUUUGGAGGACUUGUCGCUUUGGACAACGCAUAUGGUAUCAAUGAAAUCAACAGUCAAUGGACCGAAAUAGUUCAAUUAGAAAAUAGGGCGCCGACGACGUCGUUCUUCGUAAUUGGCAGUAAUUGAUUUGAUUGGUCGUCUACUGACUAGAGGAAUGCAGCAGUGAGUUUCUUCGGUGAUCGAUAUCGUGAGCGUUUUACCGACGGCAAAAUUGUGCGUUUGAGAACAAGGUUACUCUAGAGCAGCAGUUGUGCAUUUUUGUCCAGAAUAGAAUGCACUGAUGUGAAAUUUACGGUAUUAGAAUUUCGAUAGUGUGUAGAAUUGUGUAAGUGGCAAUGAGGGUCAUUGCGUACAAAACGGAGUGUUAGUGACCAUUGCCUUCCGAUUGAAGAAGGAAAGAAGUUUCGGGAAAAAGGAGAACGAAGAGGAUUCUUUUUUUCUUAGAAAUGAAUGGAUAUACUACCUGACCCACGGGUUGUACAUUCCCUUGAGAUAUUUACGACAGCACCCCGGCGGGUAAGCUGGGCUGUUUAACCCCAAAAGAAAAGACUGAUAUUAUCAGGAAGAUGGAUAAGUGACAUGAAAGUUUGAAAUUCGUGCGAUAACAGUGUGAGUGAUUGAAUUAUUUCGAGUGAAAUUCGGAAAGCUAUGCCGGAAAAAGAGACUUUCCACGAGCACAUGCAGGUGCAUCCGUUUCACCAUUCGGGCCAUCCGUUGGCCUCGGCCGCGCACCAUCAUCCCGGGCUGGCCGCAUCGCAUGGACUAGCUGCGGCGGCGGCUGCCGCUGCCAACGGAGCCAAUCCGGCCGGUGGCUACAGCCCACUGCAGAUCCCGUCGGCCUUCGUAGCAUUCCACUCGCAGCUUCCCUCGAUGGAACAACGGGCGGUUCAUGACGGCCGCUACGGACUGUGGGAUCCGACAGCGCCGCCUGCCUACCAUCACACGACACCGCAUGGGCUGUCUAACAAUGCAAAUUUCGCUGAGUUGCAAUUUUUAAGCGCCCGCCGAGCUGCCGUUGCCGCAGCCGUGGCCAGCGCAGAGGCCGCCGCCGGCUCAGCGCUACCACCGCACCCAGCAACGGUGAUCCCAAACACCAUCUCACCUCCUGCCACGUCCGGCGGUCCGCCCGAAGAACGCAGCAGCAGCAACGCCACGAACGGCGGCGGAAACUCUAGCCCCGGAUUGCCGACUACCAAUGGUGGCAGUCCACCGGGUCCGGGACAGUCUGCUGGACAGACCACCCUUCCACCCUCGGUACCAGUGCCACAUCCCAGCGAUUUUCAUCCGGCCUACAGGAUACCCGGCUACAUGGAACAUCUCUACUCGCUGCAGCACGCGUCGGCCUCGUUGCAUGGUCUUGGGCUCACUUCGGAGUACCUCAACGCGCGUAAUGCCAUCGCCGAUCUGCACCCGGCGAGUUCGCUGGCCAGCGCUGAUUUCCACUUCAGCAUCGACGCGGCCAGCCGGCUCAACAGUCCGCGGCCCGGGAGCAUACGGGCCAGCGUUAGUCGCAAACGUGCCUUAUCCUCAUCGCCAUACUCGGACUCGUUCGACAUCAGCUCGAUGAUACGUUACUCCCCGAACUCGCUGGCAUCGCUGGUAAACGCAUCCCGCAGCAGCAGCGCCAGCGGCUCGUACGGGCACCUUUCGGCCAGUGCCCUUGGACCGGCCCUCGGAGUGCAUAGUGCAAUGCCUCCUCAUUUGCAGCAUUUGCUGAGGAGCAGUGGCUUUUUGCAUUCACUUCCAGGUCAUCACCCCCCAACGGCCAGUAUGUUCUCACUGCCACCGCAUCAUCCGCUGCAUCCCGGGCAUUCGUUGACAAAACCUCAGCAAAUAACUGACCUCUCUAGCAAAAAACAAGAGCAGCCGAGCUCCACGAAUCACGUGACCCGGGUCGAGGCGGACAGUGCCAGCAACGCCGGACAGAAAAAGUCUCGCAUCAAGCGCGAACCAUCUCAUCACAUCCCAAUGCACAAGGGCAGUCCGCCGAACGGAUCGGUAAUGAUUACCUCCAACCAUCAGCUCAGUCCGACCUCCACUCAGGGUAUGACGAAUGGGACACCAACCUCGACCGCGGCUACUUCCACCACGCACAACGGGGCUCACGGUCUGAAUCUCAGUCCAAUGCACGGUAUGGACAGCCACGGAAUGGGUGGAUCCAAGGUCGACUCAACGGAUCCCAAAGAUGAGCCUGGGGACUUCAUCGAGACCAAUUGCCACUGGCGGGAUUGUUCGCUAGAAUUCAAUACUCAGGACGAAUUGGUAAAGCACAUCAACAACGAUCAUAUUCACGCGAACAAAAAAUCCUUCGUCUGCCGGUGGGACGAUUGCUCGAGGGACGAAAAGCCCUUCAAGGCUCAAUAUAUGCUGGUGGUUCACAUGCGGAGACACACUGGAGAGAAACCACACAAGUGCACGUUUGAAGGUUGUUGCAAGGCGUAUUCUCGUUUGGAGAACCUAAAAACUCACCUGCGAUCCCACACCGGAGAAAAGCCGUACACCUGCGAGUAUCCGGGUUGUAGUAAGGCGUUCAGCAAUGCUUCCGAUCGUGCCAAGCAUCAGAACCGCACGCACAGUAAUGAGAAACCCUACGUCUGCAAGGCUCCCGGCUGCACCAAGCGGUACACGGACCCGAGCUCUCUGCGGAAGCACGUUAAAACAGUGCACGGAGCGGAGUUCUACGCCAAUAAGAAGCACAAGGGUAACGGUCAUCACGGGGGAAGCGGUGGUGACGGUGGCGAUGAUGGUGAAGGAUCGAACCACAUGUACGACGGAAGCCCACGCAGUGAGGAUAUGCAGAGUGGCAAGACAACAAGCAUGAGCAGUCCCAGCAUUAAGUCCGAGUCCGAUGCUCAUUCGCCCGGACAGCCGCCAAUCAACAGUCCGAUGUCGAUAUCGGCUCUUACCGCCGGUUUGGUGGAUGAUUACGAUGGCAGCAGUAUGCAGUUGGGCAGUCUGGCGGCGAUUGAUGACCCUGCAUGGCCAUACGUCGAUGAAGAUCUUGAGGUUGCCGAUUUACCGUACGUGCUACGAGAGAUGGUCGAUAUGGGUGGUCCCACAUCGGCCGCAACGGCUGGAUCGCGAUCCAGUGCUCCACGGAAUCGCUUCAAGAACCGUAUCAACAACAAGGGUUCUUUGAUGAACAAUAUGUUGUCCAACAUUCCGGAGAUCAACAACUACCGGAACUUUGGCUUGGGUGAACUGAACAAGCGGAUCACCGAUCUCAAGAUGGAACCAGGAACGACACCGCCUCCGCAACCGUCCCCGAUCUCCAAAAAUUGUCAGACUGAUUUGGGUGGCCUCAGACCACCCCCGGGUCCUGCACAGACCUGCACGAAUGCGAUGAUGACGAAUGCCUACCUUAAUCCCGGCCAAAUUCGCCGGGACAGCAACAACAGUACAACCAGCAGCUCCUAUUACAGCAUGCGAUCGGCCGACAUUAGUCGGCGUAGCAGUCAGGCUUCACAGCAAAGCUCAAUCUCGACGAUGCGUCCAACAAGCUACUAUAACUCAUCGUUUUACGACCCAAUCUCGCCGGGAAGCUCCAGACGGUCCAGCUCGAUGUCAACCGCAACGAACGGUGGCCAAAGCCUUCCACCACCUCCCUCUUCGCAUUUGAUCUCAACGCACUUGCAAAGGUUCAAUCAAGCAUCGAUGGGCAACGCACCAGCAGGCUCUUCCCGUCACUCCAUUCCGAAUAACAUAAGCGGAGGAAGUUACUAUCAUCAGCAACAACUUCUGGGUCAAGUAGACCGGAGAAUGUCCGAGCCAGUUCCAGCAAACCAACAUGGAAUGGGUCCUCACUUUGGCGCAGGAUUCAAUGCUCCCCCACGGCCAGGUUCUGCCGUACCUAAAAGUAGCACCGUAACAUCCGCAACAGCCAACAAGAUUCCUCCCGUACCAACAGGAAAGCUGCAUCCCAAUCAGGAAGUCGUUCUGGACGAAGUUGAGGAAGGAGAAAUGGUUGAAAAUAAACUGGUCAUUCCAGAUGAGAUGCUGCAGUAUCUGAACCAAGUUGCAGAUCAGGAGAACAAAGCUACGGUUCCUCAAGGCAUGUCGACGCCUAACUCAACAGCCACCGAAACAGCGGGACCAUCUGGAUGGAAGCCCAACCCAAGCUCGCCUCCUGCAUACUCCGGAAGUGCUAUGCCAGCAGUGCCAAAGCAGCCAGCUUCCUUCACUCAACCCCAAUCCAAUCUGAACAAUGUCCUGAUGAGUCCACAAUCCCAGUACAGUAAUGACGACUGCAGUUUGAUGAGUAACGUAAUGUCACCACAAACACCACAACAUCAAAUGAUGUCCCCGAUGAUUCCAGAGGGUGCUGCAGCACCCUUAACCCCACAACAAUCAACCCCGGUGCAAUGUCAGAUGCAAAACUUUAACCGCCAAGCAAUGAACGGUACGUUCUCGCAGCCCCAGCAACAACAGCCACUGCCGUUGCGACAAAUCGCAUGCUCCAACCUAAUCGGUUACUUCCACCGAACGGAUCAGAGCGCUCACCAUUGCUGUCUGGCGAUGAUGAUGCAAGGAUCACUACACAUCAAUCCAACGCCUGGUGCGGGCCCCAACACCGCCAACUCUCAGCAAUAUAAAAAUCCCUUCAGCAAUCACUUCAACUCAAACUUCUCCACCACCCAACAAUCUACUCCUCCUGUAACAAAUCCUCAACCUUCCGAACCAGCAGACGUUGAAAUCCAGUGCGGGGACAUUAGUCAAUCGCAGAUGUCCCCCGCGGUUGCUCCGCUAGCUGCUGCGAAACCUUCAUCAUCUUCCAGUCCACAUCAGGCUAAUGUCCAACAAGCCGCAGCUCCCAAACCCAUGGAAAGCAGUCUCCAGACACCACCUCUUCCAUCAACACCUACUAGCUUCGGAGCAGCAGCAGCAGCAGUUGCAACUUCAGCCCCCAUUGCAGCUACUGGAGCAACUGUAGUUGCUGUUGGAGUUACACCAACUACCGGAACACAGUCUGGUAUGGGUUCCGACACGUACCAGCGGACCCUCGAAUACGUACAAAACUGCCAGAACUGGGUUGAAUCGGCCACUGACAUGGUUAGCAGUAGUACACACCCGAUAGGAACUGGUGCGGCCACCACGGGGCCUACCACUGCUCCGGCAUCCUCCAAUCUGGUGAUCAACGAUAUGAGUACCUCGCUGAGUUCGUACUUCGAGGAGGAUCGCUACCUGCAGAUGAUACAGUAAACCGCCGUCGUGAACGGCCGUUAACAGUUAUUUGUUUUUAAUUUUUUUGUAGUUCUUGUUGGAAUAGGCGAUAAUAUGCUUGUUUUAAGUCUAGUUCUUCCGCGACUCAUUGAUUGAGAGAGACUUACUUUGUUCAUAAGAUGUGUAAACAAUGACCUGUAGUGAUAGUUUUUUUUUUUUUUUGGUUUCAUUCGAUUCAUCGUGUAAUGUACUCAGUGAUCAUACAUAGUGAAAUGAAAGUUUUGAUUUCAUUCUAUUCGUGUAGAAAAAUUUCUAGCAUGUAAGAGUGUAGCUUUUUAAGAUCAGCGAAAGCAUUUCGUAGCAUUGUAAGGUUUAAAUCCCUCCUCUGUGAAACAAAGACGAUAGAUUUCUUUCCCGUAUUUUUUUUUAUUUCGACUACUUUAAUAUGUUUAUCUUGUCUUCCUAUAGAAUCCCAUGUAGGUCUAAUGAGCAAUUUUUACCGCUUCGGUGAUAAACUUUAAUCGAUAUUUGAUCGCCUGAAAGCAGUUCAACAAUUAUUACGGACUCUAGCCGACUUAAAGCAGAAAGCGAGUCUUGACUACAACCCCACUCGUGUAUAGUUUAUAGUUUAGUUUUUGUUUUUGUGCAGCUUCUGCACAAAAAUGUCUCGAUUAUUUUAUAUAAAAAAAACUAAAGCAAUCGGCGAAUAAAU